GUUUGUUUGUUUAGCGGAACCAAUUAUUUCUUAGUGUUAAAUAUUUGCUCAUUUAACAAAACCAAUUUGUUAAAGUGUGAAAGAAAUUUAAACGAAACCAAGUCGAUACAUAAAUAUUGCUCUUUGAGUUAAAGUUGUUUUAAAAACUUGGAACUUUAUCAAAACUAAUUUUUUUCCGUCAAUUAAAAUGGAUUCAAACGCUUUUGUUUUCGAUGAAACAAAUUACAGAGUAACGUUGCAGACUUAUUUAAAAUACAUGCAGCAACUACCGCCACAAAGAGAGUGGAUGAAAAACGUCCUUGGAGCUCGACUAACAAACCUUUAUUUAAAUAAAAAAGAGCUGCAGGUAUUGGCUAUUGGAACUGGUCCUGGAGAUGUUGAUAUUGAUAUCCUAAAUGAACUUGUUUGUCGCGGUCAGCAACAACAUGGUAACGAAUAUCAUUUAGUCUAUCACGUUGUGGAACCCAACAAUUCAAGUAUAACAUUUUUCAAAAAUAGAGUUGCUGGAGAUAAUCGUUAUAACAGAAUUAAAUUUGAAUGGCACGAAGAUAAUUUUGAAAGCUUUCUAAAUAAAUUUGAAACUGAGAAAAAGGGAAAGUUUGAUUUUAUUCAUUUUGUUCGGUGUUUCUACUACAUGGACAGCGUAGUUUGUUUGAACCAAACCUACGACAAUUUGAUUUCAGAAAACGGAAUUAUAGCAGUUGUAGGGGAAAACGAAAAUGCAUUUUGGCCUAAAAUGAUGGUUUUUCUUGACAACCACAAUAUGAUUCAUGGCAGUUUCGGAUGUUCAGGAAGAGUUUCAUCUAAUUAUUUUUUACCUGGAUGGAAAUCUCUAGCGGAUGAGAAAGGAUGGGUAUACGAAACUUAUACUAAAAAAUAUAACUUCGAUAUUACUCCAAUGUAUGACGAAGAGUCCAUUGACGGUAACUAUUUAAUCGAUUUUUCGCUCCAUGUCAAAUGUGCACGAAAAACUACAAAUAAAGAUAUUUUAGAAGAUUUUUUCAAAUUUCUAAAUGAAAAUAGUAUCGAAAAUGAAGAAAUUCAGGAUGGAAAAAAAAUAAUAAAACGCUACUUUCCAUGCCAGCUUGGAGCAAUUAUUAUUACUAAAUUAUGAAACUAUAUAUAUAUUCAAUAUAAAUUAAAUAUUUUAUUAAAUUUUGUACUUUUGUAUUAAGAAAAUAUGCAUGCACACUUAA